AUGAAAAUCCCAACUAUUUUUCUAUUUUCUCUAUUUUUUCUCACUUUUAUUUUAAUUUGUAAAACAGAUCCCCGAGAAAAUUUAAAUACUAUUGUCAGUUUUUUCCAAUGCGAGGACAAGUGCGUUUUCAAUUACACCGAAAUAAGCUCGGUUACAAUAAAGUUUUUCCCAAAGUGUGAACUAGUCUGCGCAAUUAUUGUCAUCAACUCAAAAACAGAUGUAUCUGCUGUUCAAAUUAAAAAGGCUUUCAAGAAUAUGCGUACGUUACUUGGCGGCUUAUGGAUUGAGAAUUCAAAUUUGACGGAUCUCUCUAUUUUUACAACUGAUAAAGAAUCUGGAAGUUUCAAUAUUGCUUGUGAUUUUUCAGGAAUAUUUAUACUAAACAAUUCCCAAUUAGGUGAUCCAAAUAAUAUGUUUAACUCGAUAUAUACCUACCGUGCUGGUGACAAUAGAGAAUGCGUUUUUGAAGUUCAAAACAACGCAAUUCUAGAAGUGGAUUGUGAUUAUGGAUAUGUUCCUUAUCUCAAAGAAAUUUAUGUUGUUGGGAAUUCGAAAAAUUGCAGAUGCCAUGGUGGAAAGUUAAGCGAGGCUGAAAUUAGAACCUAUACAGCAUGCCAAAGUCUAAGUGCUGGAUUGGAACUUUCCAACUUAACAUCUAUCAGUGUUAAGCUAUUUUCAAAUCUGACAUAUAUUCGAGGAGACUUUAAUAUUCAUCACUCAAAUAUUCAAAAUUUAUCUUGUCUAGAAAAUCUAGAAAUUUUGAAAAUUAGUAACAAUGGAAGUGGCGAGCAAAUUGAUUUCAAUCUUCACGAUAAUCCGGAAAUGAUUCGUCUCGGGUUUCCGAAGCUUGAAGAAUUCAAAAACGCUCACGACACAUAUCACUUGGACGGACUCAAAUUGAGAAACGCGAAUUUUGAAAAUCUACAUCCUGAUUUUUGUCUAACAUUGCCAGAAAUCCAUCGUUUGAUGUGGUCUUACUUCCAUUUCAAAAACCUUCACGCUAAACUUUGUGCGGAUCCGGGAGAGAUACCAGAUGCUGUCAACUGUAUUUUCAAAUCUAUGAGUGACUUGCCAAACGAUUGUGACGCUAUUAUUGGAGAUAUAACAAUUGGAGAAGGCGAUGAAGUUUAUGUGAGCAAGUUGGAUUGGACUAGUUACUUGGUUGGAACAGUGACAAUACGGAAUACCCAACUUAAUGAUACAUAUUUUCUGAGUUACCUUAGUUAUAUAGUUUCGUUCAGAUUCACCAGUCAUCCGAAUUUAUUCUAAUCCAAACUUGAAAAAGGUCUCAGUGGGAGGAAUGGCUGUCGUGACGAGAGGAAAACGAAUUGCCAUAAUCCAAGAUAAUUAUGCUAAUUUGUUCAAGUCAAAACCUUGCGAUCUGUUUAACGAGCAUAAUCAAGAUACGGUUAUUGCAUCGUACUAACUUGACGCAUACCGGAAGUCACUGCGGAGAGAGAGUAGAAAUUGGAAAUUUGGAAGCAUCGAAACUUAAUUUGUGUGUUUUUAUAAUUGUAUGGAGCUUAAACCCUUUAAAGAUGUAUUUUUGA